CGCAGCCUGAGACCACGCGCUUUUUGCCUGCCCCCGCGGUCUAUGCGCGUCGGCGAGUCGGAUUGGCACUUUUGUUUCAUCGACCGAUAAUGCGCCACGAAACCGAUUUCCAUAUGCUCCCUCUACCAGCCGACACUUAGCAAUGAUCUGCCGCAGGACCCUUCGACGUUGGGCCAAGUUGGAACCACGAUGCAGCAGUCAGACUCGCCUAUCCCCCCGGUCGCUGUCACGCUCCUUUCAUGCCUCGAGCCCCAAAUCCUUCGCUGCCGAAUGCCUCCAGAUCUCCGGGACCAUCUUUCAAGAGGUGCACUCGUUGACCAGCCUACCAUGGUAUCUGUCGAUCCCUCUGACAGCCUCGCUCCUGCGCAUGACCUGGAUCCCGGUCCAGCUGUUGACGCACCGAAGUCGGAAACGGCGAGAAACCGCAAUGCAGCUGGCCUCUGCAUGGCGCAUCGCCUACCAAGACACGGCGAGGAUAAAAUUCCCCUCGGGGAGAGAAGCAGACGCCAAAAAGGCUGAGAGCUGGGUCGCGAGCCAGCUCAAGGCCCGAAAAAAGGCCAUACAGAAGCACAAUUCAUACCUUCCAGUCUGGGUGGAACCGGUGCUUGCUCUGUCCUUCAUCCCUGUAUGGGUCUUCAGCAUGGAUUGCAUACGCCGCAUGGCAGGCGACAAGCGGACAGUGACCUCGCUCUUCUUCAGGUCUGAUGGCAGCACCGUAGACCCGAACAUCGUGCCCAUGGAACCAGGCUUCCAGACUGAAAGUCUAUGGUGGAUACCCGACCUGGCCUCGCCAGAUCACCUCUGGAUUCUGCCCAUUACAUACGGAGCCCUGGCUACCUUCAGCGUGUGGACGAGGGUGAGGGAAGCUGCCAAACAACAGACGGACACGGGCUAUUCGAAUGGCGAUGCCGACAGACUGAGGGCUUUCUCUGCAAAGUUCUCCAAGACUUUGUCUUAUGUCUUAACAGCGAUGCCCACCGUCUUUACCUAUCUGAUUAUCCGGAGCGACUUAUCUACAGCGGUGGUGUUGUACCUCAUCGGGACCACGACAACUCAGCUUGUUCAACGGCCUCUUCUUGCGCGCGUUCUCGGGAGCACCAAGCGGUUUCCACUUUUAAAAGCAAAACAGGCGAAAGGAAAAGGGCAAGCGGAGGAAUGAAGUAUACUAUACCAUCAUGACAGUAUCAUCGGCGCGGCGAAAACGCGCCUUCGGUGUUUAGAGUUCUGCAAUGAAUAGGACUUCAAUGUACAGCAAGCAAUGAUAAUACAAGGCGCCAGGAGAGAUUGCAAUGGCCUC